AGAGUGGGGUUAAAAUUUAAAAAAUAAUUACCGGCGAUAUAUAUUUUAUGUACAUUUAUUUUAAACUAAUUUAAUUCUCCUUGGCGAUUUAAUAUUAAGGUCGACAUUAUGAAGUCAUUAUACUGUCACGGAGUUAGAGAAUUAAAAUAUAUAUAAUUAAUGAAAUAACAAUUGGAAUAUAAUAAGAAAAUAUUAGAGGGAAGGUCGAGAUGCGCUUCCAUAGGAGAUGCGGAGACAGGGUCACCCUUCUGCACAAUAAUUUUACGGCAGUUAGGAACUUUGUCGAGUUUAAUCAUGGCCUGGUCCUAAGCGACCAGCCUCUGAAAGACGAUGUCAUGUUCGAGGUUUGCAUCGAUCGAAAGGUUAAUGUGUGGAAUGGAAGUCUUGAAAUUGGUGUUACAACACAAAAUCCGGAAUAUAUGGACUUGCCUGCAACAGCAACUAAACUGAGAAAUACUGCUUGGAUACUGUCCGGCAGUUCAGUUGUUAGGGAUGGUGUGACACAUUUGCCAUCUUAUGGCCCCGAGCUUGACACACUGCAAGAAGGUGAUUGUGUGGGUGUCAUGAGAACUAGUCGAGCUGAGUUGCUAUUCUUCAUAAAUGGAAGGUGCCUCGGUGUGGCUGCAAUGGAUAUGCCACCACUGUUGUAUGCGGUAAUAGAUUUGUAUGGGCAAUGCGUUCAAAUUACUCUGGUACCACAAUCACCUGAUACAUCUAGACCUGCGAUUGCAAAUGAGGAAUCUUCUAAUGAAGCAGCAGGUCAUGAUGGGCCGGUGUCACUAAUGGAAGUUGUAAACUAUACGCCAUCCGUUGCACCAAAAGCCAUCGUUCCAAGGGAGGAUUAUCUCACCAAUUCAACGGAGUCUUGUACAUUUUAUAACAUAGAUCGUUUGAGGUUUCACCAUAGGUGUGGUGUGCUUGUCCGACUCUCACAUCACAAUAGGACGGCGGAGCGUGCUCGACCAAUGGAUGACUAUAAUGACGCGGUGGUGAUGACGUCACGGCCUCUCCAUGAUGACGAACUGUUCGAGAUACGUAUCGAACGCCUCGUGCAUAAAUGGAGUGGCAGCUUAGAGGUGGGUGUAACCAAUCAUGAUCCAGCAACAAUCCAGUUUCCUUCAACAAUGACCAAUGUGGAAACUGGCACAGUGAUGCUCUCCGGCUCCAAGGUGCUUAUCAACGGCCAGGGUACCUGCACCGAGUAUGGCUCUAUGAACCUCGAUGAAUUAAAGGAGCGGGACAUGGUGGGGCUGAUGAGGAAGGCAUGUGGAAGUCUCCAUUACUUCAUCAACGGUGAAGACCAGGGUGUGGCAGCAAGAGAUGUGGCUGCACCAGUGUGGGGCGUGGUUGACCUCUACGGGAUGACCUCUAAGGUUUCCAUUGUGGAUCAAUAUGAUGAUAGUAAUCUUCACGAUAUAUCGCCGCUGCCUAGCGUCUCUGUGUUGGCUGGCUUAAGUGACCUAGCUCCUGAGGUAGAUGCGGACGCGGAUGCGGAUGUAGAUACAGAUACGAAUGAAAUAGAAGAUGACAGUCAUUUAUUUCAUACGCUGCGUGCUUCGAAUGUUGUUAUUAUUAACAAUGGUAAGACUGCUUAUAGGCCUAACGCUAUGGAAUUCUUCAAUGAAGGGCUCGUAAUGACCAACCGGCCCCUGAAGAGUGACGAAUUGUUCCAAGUUAGAGUCGAUAUGAUCGUACCAAAGUGGGCGGGGAAUAUUGAACUCGGAGUCACGCAACAUACAUCAAAUGAAAUAAACUUCCCAUACAAACUUAGCAAUGCCAAAAGUGGCACAUGGGCCUUGGUCGGUGAGGACGUGAUCCGCGAUGGUGUCAUCAUCAGCUCCCAGUACACCAGGAACCUCAACAGACUCGUGGAAGGUGAUACCAUCGGCCUGAUGCGGACCAGCCUCGGCGUUCUCCACUUUUACAUCAAUGGUGAAGACCAGGGUCCUGCAGCCUACAAUGUACCUGAUCAACUAUAUGGAAUUAUCGAUCUGUACGGUCGUGCGGGCCAGGUGAGCAUCGUGGAAGGCAGAGUAGACCCCCCAGUCUACUCGCCAGAAUCUCCGCUCUCUACUGAAUCUAUUAUAACCUCUUUUCCGGAGAUGUGUUUCCACCUGGUGCAUGGACGCAAUGCGGUGCUGUCUCGGUCGCGGCUGACCGCGUCCCGCGCCGCUGUCUACUCGGAGUUUAACGACGCGGUGUUGUUCAGUUCCCGGCCUCUCCGAGAGUGCGAUAUGUUUGAACUACGUAUCGACGCGAUGGUCGACUGCUGGAUAGGCAGCAUUGAAAUGGGUGUGACCGGGAUCCGGCCGGAGGAUCUGGAGGGUGUUGGGGGAGUGGGGGGUGCGCUGGCCGGUACCGCGACCGACCUGACGGGGGAUACUUACGUGCUCAGUGGUGCAGCUAUCAUGAAGGAUGGAGAAUGUGUACGAAGCGGAUACAGGCUUGAUCUAGAUACACUGUCUAUUGGCAGUAGAGUUGGUAUGAUGUGGCAUGCUGAUCGAAGUCUGCAUUACUAUUUGGAUGGUAUGGAUAUGGGCCAAGCGUGGCAUGUACCACAUCUCAACAUCUACGCAGUUGUCGAUCUCUAUGGACAAUGUACACAGGUGACGAUAUUGCAAAAUGAAGGUCGUACGUUCAACUGCAACCCCGGUACGACCUCGGACAACUCCCUGCUGGAUAUGACCCAGCAACCAGCAGCCCCACCACAGCCUUAUUGUACAUUCUCCGAGUACUGUGGGGACAACGUGCGUGUGACUAAGGAAUAUUCGAUUGCAAAGCGUUUGUACUACGAUCCCUUCGGAGCCCUCGUCUUCAGCUCCUCACAUUUAGCACUGGAAGAGAUGUUUGAGGUGAAGAUCUUAAAGCAGCGCACCGGGUUAGGGGGUGGGCUGCGAGUGGGAAUUACCGAUAUCAAUAUACUAAAUGCUCACGUCAACCGCAGCCUCCCGCCCGCUUCUUACUACUUACCCCACUUCACCGCAUACAUUGACGGGAAACACAUGUUUUAUACAAGACCAGGGACCCGGGAACGAGACGCAAGACUCGUGGUCCCUUCCUUCGAGUGGCUGAGACCAGGAGACCGCAUUGGACUGAAAAUGACCUCAGACCACCGAGUCGUGAUCUAUUAUAACUAUGAACCACUUGAUGUAGCAUUUGAAGGCGUGCCCGAUAAAGUGUACGCUGUAAUCGAAUUACACGGAGAAGUUAGUAAGAUUCAAGCUAUGAAGGUAGCUAAUGCUCUGCCCCCGCAAUUAAACGAGUCCUUUCUGAGACGUGAGGUGGAGACGUUCCAAGAAGUGACGUCACUGAAGCCCUGUGAAGACAUGGAUGGUAGCCUCGAGGGUAUAGAGGGUACUCCAGCGCCCUCCCCCGCGCCCCCAGCACCCCCUGCCGCCCGCCGCAGCCCUCGCCCUUACACUUUUCAUAGUGUCCACGGAAAUAACAUCAAAUUAUGCAGCUCGGACACGGUGGCUGUGCGUACUUGUAGCUACAAGGGUGGGCUGGCAGUCGUCAGUCAGCCUAUCAGACGUGGACAGAGCUUUAUGUUUCGCGUGGACAAAGUGGAGGCAAGGUGGUCAGGUAGUUUGGGCGUAGGUGCCCUAGGUUACCUGCCCGAUGAACUGCCCGACCUGGCAGGUGCUAUCGAGCCCCCAGCCUGGCUGCUCGCGCCCGACCUCUGCGCGGACAACGGAACAUUCUACCGACCGGAGAUAUCUCGUGUGUUGGAGGAGGUUUGCGAGCGAUCGGUGGUGAGUGUGGAGUUCCUCUGCGAUGGCCGACUGCUGGUGGCUGCAGAUGGACGUCCUCUCUGCGCCCUCGCCACCGUACCUGAUACUCUUGAUGCCCUCUACCCCCUUAUUGAUGUCUACGGGAAAGUCUGCCAGGUGUCAAUAUUGCUUCAUCCAUACGUGUUGGGAAGUGGCGCUUCUUUAGACCUGCCGAGCGUUAUAGCAACCCGCGAGGACAGUUCCGGUGUAUCUGAACUUCCUGAGGAUGAUAUGUCACCGGAAGACGCGCCCUCUCUCGGAGACACGAAACCACGAGCUCAUAGUCAUACUGGCCUUGCUGAGGAACUACCACCUUCCCGCCCCACAGUCACCAUGCACCAAAGCCUCAUGCUGCCUCCUCCUACCCUCGACCGUAUGCACAAAAGCCACUCCAGCCAAAACUAG